AUGGUUCUUCUAAUGGAUGCGGAAAACAAUAUUAUGGACGCUUCCUCUGAUGUUAAAUUUGCAUGUGGAGAUCCAAAAGUUGAGCCUCGUGUUGGAGAGGAGUUUCAGGCCGAGAUUCCUCCUUUGAUGUCUGCAUCUAAACGUGCAUUGUUUCUUUCGACUCCUCUAGCUUUGGAUGAUUCCUCAUAUUCCUUUCUCGUUGGACAACCUGUCCAAGUAAUGUGGAUAGACAAGCAUCAAAAAGGUCAAGGAAAUGGAGAUGAUGAUAGUAUUGAUAUGAACCAGUCUUUGAAAUCCUUAAGAGCUAAAAGAAGUCGUUGCUCUGCCAAGACCAGAGGUGAGACUGACACCAAGAAGCAGAGAUUGAGUCCUGAGGCUGUUCCAGAGAUACCAUCCAGUUCUUGGGAAGAUCAUGAGGUUGCAAGCUUUGUUCUUGGUCUGUAUACAUUCGGGAAGAACUUUACUCAGUUGAAGAAGUUCAUGGAGAGCAAAGGAACAGGAGAGAUAGUGUUGUUUUACUAUGGGAAGUUCUAUAACUCCGCUAGUUACCAUAGCUGGUCUGAUCCUCGCAAGAAGCGGAGACGGAGAUGUGCAUAUGGAAAGAAGCUCUAUUCAGGUUGGAGGCAACAGCUGUUGUUAUCCCGUUUGAUUCCUUCUAUCUCUGAUGAAUCUCAGAAACAGAUGCUUGUGAAUGUCUCAAAGUCAUUUGCUGAAGGGAACAUCACUUUGGAGAAAUACGUAAGCGCGGUGAAGGAUCUUGUGGGUCUCAGGCUUCUGGUAGACGCUGUGGGGAUUGGUAAAAGAAAAGAAGAUCUCACGCUUCUUACAGCAGGACCAGUGAAAACAAAACCAUGGUUUACAGUUUCUUCAAAAUCGUCUUCAGUCUCGGGCUUAGUGGAGUACACUUCACUCACAUCUGCUGACAUAAUAAAUCAGUUAACUGGAAGUUCGCGUCUAAGCAAAGCUCGUUGCAAUGAUAUCUUCUGGGAAGCUGUGUGGCCGCGUUUGCUAGCGAGAGGAUGGAAUUCAGAGCAGCCUAAGGAACGAAGCUAUUUUACAUCUAAGGAUAAUAUUGUUUUCCUUGUCCCUGGCGUGAAACAGUUUACAAGAGGAGAGCUUGUUAAAGGCGCUCAUUACUUUGAUUCCGUCAGUGACAUUCUAACAAAGGUUGCUAUGGAGCCUGAGCUUCUUGAGUUUGAAGCAGGAGGAGAGAUAAAGCAAGCAAAGGCCAAUGAGUUUGUUGUUACAGAGAACUCUUCUGACCAAUCAGAUGAAGUGUCUUCACCAUCUGAUAAACAACGACAUCGUUACCUAAAGUCUCCAUGUUCUAACCGAGGAACUCUCCAAAUGAAGUUCACUGUUGUGGAUACUAGUUUGGUUGCAGGAGGGAAGUUGUGUGAUUCACGAAAUCUGAAUGCAGAACCUUUAGUUUGUUCUGAGCCAAAGACUCGUUUAGAAGAAGAUUUUAGUAUAAAGCAGGAGGAGGAGACUUUGGAGAAGGUUAAGGAUCCAUCAAAGAGGCUGAUCAAGCAUAGGUCUAACCAACGAGCAGAAAUUUGUUCUGAGCCAAAGACUCGUUUAGAAGAAGAUUUUAGUAUAAAGCAGGAGGAGGAGACUUUGGAGAAGGUUAAGGAUCCAUCAAAGAGGCUGAUCAAGCAUAGGUCUAACCAACGAGCAGAAAGUAAUGAUAGUUCAGUAAGUUCUGCUCCAUCGUUGAAACGGAGACGACUCAGUGCUUGCAUGAGGAGGGAGAAAAGUCCUUCAAGAGAAAAUUCAGUCUUCAAACAUUUACCGGGUGAUGAGAUAAAGAGCACGGUAUGUCCUGAAGCAGACCACUUAAGUUUAUGCGCUGUACAACACCAAAACGGCACUCGUGGAGAGGUGAAUGAAGACAAAGAGAGAUAUCAAAGCGUGUCACCGGUUGAUUAUAUGUACUUAAAGUCUGGUCAAUCAAAAAAGACUGGAAGUGGACCGUCUUCUGCGCUUGUUAAGAUCCAAGAAAUGUCAGAGAUCAAACCGAAUGGGUUAAGUUUGAUCUCCGGUGUAGACAACAAGUGCUCUCCAAAGGAGAUAAGAACAGCACAUGAAGUCAUUUCAUCAGAACGAGAACCAAACGGGUUCUGUUCAGUGUCUGACUCAGAAAAACAACGUACUACCAUUGUUUCUAAACAAGAGCAAGCAGUUGAGCUCCCUUCCAUUCCAGGCUCUAACAGUUCUUCUUCCAAUGAUCUGGGAACUACUCAAGAACUUGGUCCAGCAGAACAACAACAGCACGAAAAUACAGAUGCUCCUAGAAGACAGAGCACAAGAAAGCGACCAUUAACCACCCGGGCUCUGGAAGCUCUUGAAUCCAGCUUUCUUAUAACCAAAGCAAUGAAAAGCACGGUUAAACCAAGAAAAUGUGCAAGUUCUACGAAGAAAAACCGCACAGCUAAGGCGUGUGACAGAGCACAAACUUUGCUAGACAAUGGGAGUCCAGGUUUGGAGCAAAGAGGAGAAGAUGAGAGCAAAGCAACAGCAAGUAAGCCUUUGGAUCAAAUAGAGGAUUCAAAGCCUAGCCUUCCUCUUAAUGGAGCAACAACUGCGUGUAAGGCCUUAGAUGGAGGACAGGAUUCAAAGCUGGAGGUAACUGAACGUCCUAAACUUCCACCUAUUGUCUUGAAGCUUUCACUUAAACGUAGCAGAGGAGCUUCAGAAACUCAAGUCUGAAAAGUUUGGGUGCUGGUUGUGAGAGGUUUGGCCUUGGUAUAGAAUAUGUGUACAGAAGUAAAGAUUUUUAAACUAAAGGGUUUACUCCAUACCAAUCUUCUUUGUUAUACAGUUUUUUUUUUGUUGGUUUAAUGAGUUAUUUGAAGUGACUUAUA